AGUUGAAAGCAUCUUCAAGUUAUUGAACACUUUUUGUCGUUUUCCCAAAAAAAACUUUACUAAAAUGGCAGACAAAGUAGAAUCCCCAGCUGUACCUGCAGUGGCAACUCCGAAGAAAGCUGCCAAGGUACAGAAGCCCCGCGCCAAGGCCAGUCACCCGCCAGCGUCGGAGAUGGUGAACGCGGCCAUCGCCACUUUGAAGGAGAGAGGCGGCUCUUCGCUCCAAGCCAUCAAGAAGUACAUCGCCGCCACCUACAAAGUCGACGUCGAGAAGCAGGCUCCCUUCAUCAGAAAGUACCUGAAGGCUGCAGUCGCCAGCAAGGCUCUGAUCCAGACCAAGGGCAAGGGCGCUGCAGGGUCCUUCAAGUUGAACGUCGCCAAGGCCGAGGGCAAGGCCAAAGCCAAGCCCAAGACCAAGACUGCCGCCAAACCCAAAGCUGCUGCAGCACCAAAGGCCAAGAAAGCAGCUUCUCCGAAGAAGGCCGUGGCAGCCAAGACCAAGAAAGCCGUCGCCGAGAAGAAGAAAACCCCGAAGGUUGCGGCCAAGCCACCGAAGGCCAAGUCCACCACCGCCAAACCCAAGGUGACCAAAGCUGCUCCCACGAAGGCCAAAGCUUCGCCCAAGAAGGCUGCAGCGCCCAAGGCGAAGAAGCCCGCGGCAAAGAGGGUUGCCAAGAAGUAAAGUGGAAAGAAAUUGAUAACGGAUGAUUGUGAACAAACGGCCCUUUUCAGGGCCACCAAUUGCUUUUUACAAAAGAAUUUUCUUUGUCUCAAACAUAAGUAUUUUAGAAUGAUAUAUUAGAAUUAGCCAAUAUGGAAAUAAUUUGUGUUUGAAGUUUUUAAUUUUUCCAAUCUAAAAUUCCGUCUAUAUUUUUUACUAUACUCUAUUGCACUGUAAAUUUUGUCAUUUGUACAAUUCUUAUUUUAACAAUUACAUACCUUCAAUACUCAGGGUGGCCACUUUUUUGUAAAAAAAAAUUCACGGUCAUUUCCC